AUUGAAUUAAUCUGGGAUAUUAGUCAGGGAUGUUCUGUGGCCUAUAUAUUUCAUUGAGCGUACAGCAUAGAAAAUGGAUCUUGUAUAUUAUUUUUUCUAUGGCGUACAGCAGAUAGUUUACUAGGUCUAUGACUUAGACACAGCAAAUAAAACAAUUUUAAAUGCUGUGACUUGAGUUGAAAAUUGAAGAGAUGGGAAAAAUAAUAAAAGUUGUUGUCUGUGGAAUGAAAGGAGUUGGUAAAACAACAAUUUUAGAACAAGCUGUAUAUGGAAAUAUAACAAACAAAACUGAAUUUUACCCUACUAUAGAAGAUAUAUACGUUGCAAAUAUAGAAUCUGAUAAAGGAACACGUGAAAAAUUGAGGUUUUAUGACACUGCUGGUAUUGAACCGUCCCAGAUUGCAACUGCUAAUGGAACCACAAACCAACAAUUACCAAGACAUUACCUAGUUCUAGCUGAUGGAUACAUUCUAGUUUAUGACACUGGUAAAUGUAAUUCCCUCGAUGCGAUUAUUUCUAUAAAGAAAGAUAUUGACAGAAAUAAAGACAAAAAAGAGGUUACAAUCAUUGUUAUAGCCAAUAGAUAUAGAGAGGAAGUUGAGGAUUCAACACUGCAGAAAGCAACUCAGUGGUGCAACAGAGAAAAAAUUAAACAUUUUGUUGCUGCUUCGUUAAAAAGAUCUACAUUAUACGAACCCUUUAUUUACAUUACAAGUAAAUUAAAUUCUUUACCUGGUAAAAGUAGUUUUACACCAUUGUCUAUGGGAAGAAAAGUAAUAAAAGAUGCAAAUUAGUAUGUGUGGAUAGGAUACGAUGUCAUUUUUAAUUUCAGAAUAUUUGUCAUUUUUGAAAAUCUAAUAGCUGUUUUGCAUUGCGAAUUUAUUCAUGAAGUCGUUUCGUAAAGAAAUUGGACAAGUGUAGUGCACCAAAUCUGCUGUCAUGAAUUUAUUCAUCAAGUUCUUUACGAAUUAGAACAUGUUGUAAUUUUUAUGAAUUUUUUUUCGUGAAAGUCAGAUGUACCAACCUAACAAAUUUACAGCCUCAGAUCAGUAAUGGGGUUACGUUAUUGGUAUACGUAAAUAAUUGUGUGGUGUCGUACUCCUUUUGUGUUGUUUUUACUGAUCUGUUGCUUACAAAAGCUCUAAUAUUUAUGUUUAUAAACAAUGUCAAAACGGUGCCUACCGCUGUUGUACCAUUACAUAUUUACGGAAAGGUGAGACAUUUUUUUGAAUGAAAUUUGAAAUUUAUUAGCUACUUUUAUCUGUUAGUAGAACUGAUUCAUAUUCGUAUGUCUUACAUAGUGCAUCUUAUCUAUGCAUAUGUCAAAGAAAUUCACGAAGUCUGUUCUGUAGCAGCGUAAAAUCAAACCCUUUAUGAAUGAAUUGCCCAUAUUAUUUAAAGAUAAGGUAUUGAAUGUCUAGAUUGUCGAGAGUAAUUUGCAUUUGUUGUAUCAAAAAGAAAUCACAAUAUUCUGCGUAACAGUUUGGCCUAAGUAUUGGCUAAAUUAAUAAAUUUUAAACUGAUCCUCCGCAAAGGGUUACUUAUUUAAAAAUAAAAUAACAGCAGAAAAAGGUCUCCUGGAGGGUCCCCAUAAUAGUAUAUUGGCUUAAUUAAAAAUAGUUUGCAAGGAAAUAUACAUAAUUACCAUAAACAAUUUGUUGCGUACUUUCUAUUAAUGUUGUACUGCACAGUAAAUCUUGCCUUUCGUACGUUGGUAUUUUUUUUCUGUGUGUGUGUGUGUGUGUAAUUAAUUAAGGUUCAAUUGCAUUUUUAUACAUAAGUAUGUAUAUAGAGUGUUUCAUUUCCAGUGUGCCAAACGAACACAGAUGAUAGAGAAAGUAAUUUUGAGCAAAAAAGUUCAUAUCGACAUGUGUCCGAAAACGCCCCCUUGUGGAGCUACGCCCCUUUAAAGGUAACUUUUUUUAUUUGUCAAAUUUUUUUCGAAAAUCGAAUUCCUUGACUAUUUCUACACAAAAAAGAUAAUCUUGUUUCAUUACGAUAUCUGCCACGGUUUUCCAAAAAAAGCCGAUUUUAACUUCUUAUGCUUCUACUAAAAAUUAAAAAAUAUGUAGAACCUAGAAUAAUAUUUUUCCUACAAGAACAAGUAUAUCUUUUUUAUGUAGAAAUGGUCAAGGAUUUCAAUUGUCGAAAAAUGAUUACGAAUUUGACAAAUAAAAAAAGUUACGGAUUUUGAACCUUGACUUGCCCCCACAUAGGGACGCCCCUGAGAACAAUGUGUCAAUUUGGUUUAGAUAAAGUAAUUCCUUGUGAUAAAUGACACCUCUGUAUAAAAUUUUAUUCAUUUAUUUCGAAGCAUUUUCAAGAUAUUGUAAUAAAAUUGCCUCUUUAAAGAGGCGUAGCGCCACAGGGGGGGGGGGGUUUGGACACAGGUCGACAUGAACUUUUUUGCUCAAAAUUACUUUCUCUGUUCGUUUGGCGCACUGGGAAUGAAUCACCCUGUAUGUAUUGUUACUUACCAUUAGUAAUCUUGUUUUACUUUGAAACAAAUUUACGAAUAUUCUUUGAAAUAAUAAAAAAUGUGUUAAAGAAA